GCAUCACCGGGAUGCAGGAUCCUCCUCCCCUGGAAACUGGAGGAGCAUCUUCGCCCUCUGACGUCAUGACAGCAGCAUCAGCUGUUAGCUCUGCUCUAAGCCUUUUCGCUGCCGAUCGCUUCCUGCUCAAAGGAAAUAUAUGAGAUCCCCUCCAACCCCUGAAAUGGCGACACAGGAGGUACCGCUGAACGAGACUCUGGCUCACCUCAAAACGGAGUCGGAGACGCUGAAGUCGAAGCUGGAGGAGGAAAGAGCGAAGCUGCACGAUGUCGAGCUACAUCAGGUGGCAGAGAAGGUGGAGGGGCUUGGCCAGUUUGUCAUGAAGACCCGGAGGACCCUGAAGGGGCACGGGAAUAAAGUUCUGUGCAUGGACUGGUGCAAGGACAAGAGGAGGAUCGUCAGCUCCUCACAGGAUGGAAAAGUUAUUGUGUGGGACGCUUUCACCACCAACAAGGAACAUGCUGUGACAAUGCCUUGCACCUGGGUGAUGGCCUGUGCCUAUGCCCCCUCUGGCUGCGCUGUAGCUUGUGGAGGCCUGGACAAUAAAUGCUCAGUUUAUCCUCUGUCUUUGGACAAGAAUGAGAACUUAGCGGCAAAGAAGAAGUCAGUGGCCAUGCACACAAACUACCUGUCUGCUUGUAGCUUCACCAACUCGGAUAUGCAGAUCCUGACGUCCAGCGGGGAUGGAACAUGUGCAUUAUGGGAUGUUGAGAGUGGGCAGCUGUUACAGAGUUUCCAUGGACACGCUGCAGACGUGUUGUGUCUGGAUCUGGCCCCAUCUGAAACCGGAAACACGUUUGUUUCGGGGGGCUGUGAUAAGAAGGCCAAUGUCUGGGAUAUGCGUUCAGGGCAGUGUAUUCAGUCCUUUGAAACUCACGAGUCAGACAUAAAUAGCGUACGAUACUAUCCCAGCGGAGACGCUUUUGCAUCUGGAUCGGAUGACGCUACAUGCCGCCUGUAUGACCUAAGGGCAGACAGGGAAGUGGCUAUCUAUUCCAAAGACAGCAUCAUAUUUGGUGUCUCCAGUGUUGAUUUCUCGCUCAGUGGCCGGCUACUGUUUGGUGGCUACAACGACUACACCAUUAAUGUUUGGGAUGUUCUCAAAGGAACACGGGUCUCUAUUCUGUUUGGACACGAGAACCGUGUCAGCACCCUGCGGGUUUCCCCUGAUGGGACAGCCUUCUGCACAGGUUCCUGGGACCACACUCUUCGGAUCUGGGCCUAAGCAUCAAGACAAACGAUUAAAUAGUAGACAGACCUACUGAAGACACACUGAUGUUUCUGUUUGCUAGAGUACAAUCACAGAGAUAGUGACUCAGUUUUGAUUGUACAUAGGGCACAUCAAUAGCAUUGUAUAUACUCCAGUGUUUUGGCCAGGGUAGAUUUACAUAUUUUAAAGAGUAAUAAACCAAAUGGCUAGCUCGCAUUACAAUGUGAUGGGAAGAAAAGGUGCACAGAAGUUCGUAUGAUUACAACUAUGAAGUUUAAAACAAGUAUAUUACUGAAAAUAUUAUUGGUAGUGGCUUGCAUCAGUCUAGGAUAGAAGUGACACAAUAAUGUGAUGUGUUAAUUAGCCCACAUGGAGGAAAAUACAUGUUUACUUAUUGUUAUUAUUUUUUAUUAAACAAAUGAGGACAUUCAUUCAGAGGAGACAUCAAAGAGCAGGGGGGCUUUUCUGUGAAUGGCAAAAGUAAUGAGAAAUAAUAAUGAGAUUUAUGGAGAAAGGUACAAAUUAAUAUUUUAUUUUGGAAAUUAUAUUAAAUGUACAUCUAACAAACAACGUGUGCAUCCAACAGCUGCUUCUCACCUGCCAAUAUAAUACUGUAUCAAUAUCAAUGCAAAGAAAGCACAUUAAUAGGUAAACAUGAGAUGAAUGAUUUUUUUUCAUACCUGUAAUUUAAAAUAUGGUUUACUACAUCUUUUUUGCGUUUCUAGAUGUGGAAGCCACUCACUACUCGAUGUGCACUAGAGACACCCUGAACUUGUGCUACUCCACUGUUGAAAUACUAAUACGUUAAAAAAAAAUUAAUUAAAAAAUAUAUAUACAUAUAAUUGAAUGUACUCCUUUUCAUGCAGUUGUCCAAUGGUUGUAAUUUCAUAUUUAGAGUAAUUAUUGUAGUUUAGUGUACAGAUAUGCAGGGGACUGUUAAUCAAACUAUUACAAACAUAAUAAAAUCCGUUUUGAA